GUCUCAGGGAUGAACUUAGUGAGAAGCCAAAUGUGUUUCUGAACACCAGUUGGAGAACACAGUGAAGCUACAGUAUCUGCAGCUAUGAGAAACAGAAAGCAGGAGGAGACCCUUCAAUUUUUUACAGGCUUUGUCUUUAGUCUUGUUUUGACCUCAUCAGCAUUCACUACAGGUCAGAUCAGGUUGACAGGUCCUGGAUCAACUCGGUGCUCUGGAAGGGUUGAAGUUUUCUAUAUCUAUUCCUGGGGAACGGUCUGUGAUGAUGACUGGGGCAUAGCUGAUGCUAAUGUGGUUUGUCGACAGCUGAACUGUGGUCCAGCUAUCAGUGUAGUUGGUUCUGCUCACUUUGGUCAAGGACUUGGACCAAUCUGGCUUGAUAAUGUUCGGUGCUCAGGAGAUGAAAGCUCUCUAACCAGCUGUGGACACAGAGGUUAUGGGACACACAACUGUGGUCAUAGUGAGGAUGCUGGUGUGAUCUGUUCAGAAUCUGCAGUCAGACUGACUGGAUCAACUUCCUGCUCUGGAAGAGUUGAGAUCAACCACGACGGCCAAUGGGGAACAGUCUGUGACAACGGCUGGGAUCUAUCUGAUGCUCAGGUGGUCUGCAGAGAGUUAUCCUGUGGUUCAGCAUUAAAUGCCACUUCAUCAGCAGUUUUUGGUGAAGGAACUGGUCAAAUCUGGUUUGAUAAAGUGAACUGUACAGGAAGUGAAAGCGCUCUAACUAACUGUCAGCAUUCAGGGUUUGGGACACACACGUGUAAUCACACUGAGGACGCUGGUGUGGUCUGCUCAGGUCCGGUCAGGUUGGCAGGUCCUGGAUCAACUCGGUGCUCAGGAAGGGUUGAAGUUUUAUUUAGGGAAAGCACCUGGGGAACGGUCUGUGAUGACGAGUGGGGCAUAGCUGAUGCUAAUGUGGUUUGUAGACAGCUGGACUGUGGUACAGCACUCAAUGCAACGAGUUCUGCAUACUUUGGUCAAGGAGAUGGAAAAAUCUGGCUUGAUGAUGUUCAGUGCUCAGGAAAUGAAAGCUCUCUAACCAGCUGUGGACACAAAGGUCAAGGGAAACACAACUGUGAUCAUAGUGAGGAUGCUGGUGUGAUCUGUUCAGACUCUGUUAUCAGAUUGAUUGGAUCAACUUCCUGCUCUGGAAGAGUUGAGAUCAACCACGACGGCCAAUGGGGAACAGUCUGUGAUAACGGCUGGGAUCUAUCUGAUGCUCAGGUGGUCUGCAGACAGUUGAACUGUGGUGCAGCAUUAAGUGCCACUUCAUCAGCUGCUUCUGGUCCAGGAACUGGUCAAAUCUGGCUUGACCAUGUGAACUGUACAGGAAAUGAAAGCGCUCUAACCAACUGUCAGCAUCCAGGGUUUGGGACACACAAGUGUAACCACAAUCAGGAUGCUGGUGUGGUCUGCUCAGCGAAUUUUCCACAGCCCAAGAUCUCUAUUAGCCCUGCUGGUUCGGUCACCUGGGGUCAGCAAGUCAACUUCACUUGUUCUACUGCAGCUGCACCUUUAAGUGGAACAUUUAUCCUCCUACGGACUCCAGGAUCAUUCAGAAUGAAUCAGUCAUCAGAUUCCAACUCUGUUACCUUCAACAUCCCUAAAGUGACCAGCGAUCAUCAUGGACAAUUUUGGUGUCGGUAUGAGAUAAAGAUGUCAAACCAAACCUUCCUCAGUAGCUCUGUUAAUCUUAGAGUGAACCUUCCAAAGCCCAACAUCUCUAUAAGCUCUGCUGCUGAGGUCAUCUGGGGUCAACAACUCAUCAUCACUUGUUCUGUUGAAGCUGCACCUUUAAGUGGAACAUUUAUCCUCCAAAAGACUUCAGGAUCACAGCAAAUGAUUCAGCCAUCAGUUUCCUCCUCUGCUACCUUCAACAUCUCUAAAGUGACCAUGGAUCAUGAUGGACAAUUCAUUUGCCAGUAUCAGAAAAGGAUGUUAAGCCAAACAUUGACCUCUCCAUACAGUGACUUUGUUCGAGUUACUGUGAACCUUCCCAAGCCCAGCAUCUCUACAGGCUCUGCUGAGGUCACCUGGGGUCAACAAGUCAGCAUCACUUGUUCUAUUGCUGCUUCACCUUUAAGUGGAACAUUUAUCCUCCAACAGACUUUAGGAUUAUUUAGAGUGACUCAGUCAUCAGUUUCCUCCUCUGCUACCUUCAACAUCCCUAAAGUGACUCUGGAUCAUGAUGGAGAAUUCCAGUGUCAGUAUGAGAAAAUGAUAUCAAGCCAAACAUUCACCUCCCCCUUCAGUAACUCUGUUCGUCUUAGAGUGAGUCUGGAGAGGCCCAUCAUUUCCCUGACAUCCCCAGAUGGAGGGUUGGUCUGGGGUCCAGGAGGAGCAGAGGUUACCAAGGGUUACGGCCUCUCCUUCACUUGCUCCAUUGACCCCAGAUAUCCUCAGGGAGAUUUCUCUCUCAUCUUCUCCGACUCCAACAUCACAGAAACCAGGCCAGCAGUCAAACACUCAGCCUCCUUUAACUUCCCAGCUGCUGAGUUUGAACACCAGGGCAACUACAGCUGUGUGUAUGAGGUUACCAUGGCUACACAGAGGUUCAGUUCUGAUGAGGCAGAACCCAUUAGUCUCAUCAUCAAAUCCUCUUCACUGCUGCUGGUUUCCUCAGUCUCCAGUGGAAUCCUGCUGCUGGUCCUGCUGGUGUCUCUAGCAGUCUGUCUGGGCUGCAGGAGGAAACUUUGCUCUAAACAGCCCAUACCGUCUGACCAAAACCAAAUGACUUUCCAGCAGUUAAACACACAAGACCUCGAGAAUGAUUGCAACGACUAUGAAAAUAUUGAUGCAUUUCACUCAGUAAAGAAGCUGGAGAUGGACGAAGAGUCAACAAGUGAUGAUGAUUAUGAGGAAGCCGAGCCUCAUUUAAGACAAAUCAUUGUUGGUGUCAAGAAUUACGCAUCAUCAGAACAAACAUUUGAAGAAGACGAAGAAAGCACUGAUGAAGAUGUCUACGUGAAUGUUGAUGCAACCUGGAAAAAUAAUGUAGUGCAAGCUAAAAAAUGUGUAAAUGAGUAUCAAUAGAUGAAAGCUGAGAAUUACCAAGACCAAAUUAGGUACAAAACAAAUAUUUUGCUUCAAAGAAUCUAGCUUAUAUAUAAGAAAAUGGCUGUGCCUGGGUCAUAGAGCAAUACACAGUACAUGAUAUAUAUAUAUAUAUAUAUAUAUAUAUAUAUAUAUAUAUAUAUAUAUAUGUUUAUAAAUUGUAUACAUCAUUUAAGUGUUUUUUCUCUGUUAAAUAACAUCACCUUUUCUAGCUGCCUGUCGCUUUUAAUAUUAGCACUUAGCAGGAUUACCAUUAACUUCAAAGUCAUCCCUGUUGCAUAGCUCUUUCCUAUCACAAUACGUUAUCCAGAAGAGUAUCUGAUUCAAUAGAUUGCAAACCUCUGUAGAAAAUAUUGUCUCCUUCAUAGAAUCUUUGCACAUUUUGUUAGUUUAUUUCCAAACUUCAUUUUUAAAGUGCUGAAAACAUAAAUAGCUACCUAAAGUCUUCUUCCCACAGUGGAACCUUCCACACUGAAGAGUUUUGUGGUUUGGGUGACCUGAUUGUGUUUGGUUUGACAUGAAUACUUGAUUAGAUCAAAGAAACCUAUCUGAAAAUAAAAUGGCCGCCGUGUAGUCGUGUGUCGAGUUGUGGGAGAAUAAAAAUAUGAAUAAGAUCAUCUCAUUAUAGGUGAUUUAUUAAAUGAGAAAAACUAACAAGAGAGGAGACAGGAAGGACUGAGUGACAUUUCAGCUGAAGAGGUGAUUCCUUAAAAAAGGGGGUGGUAGAUUAGGAUCUGGUGCAACUUUAAAAGAAAGCAAGUAACUGAAGCUGAGCUAGAAGAAAAUGGCUGACCAAAAAAACCACAGAAAGAAAACAGAAACAGAAACCAAACAUCAGGCUUUAUCAGAAAUAACUAACAUUCAAAACAAAAGAACAAAAGUAUAAUACAGGAAGUAAAACACCGAUUA